AUGGCGCAAAAGGCGAAGGAUGCGCUGGAAAAUGCUUAUUCCACCUCUGAUGGAGUUGAGAGACAGCAAGUGCCCGGUGAAAGCACCGAUGAUAGAAAUAAAGCACUGAGACACCCUCAAUGGACUAGGCAAGAAAUGUUUGUGUUAAUACAAGGGAAGAAGGUUAUUGAGAAUAGGGUUCGAAGGGGGCAUAGAUCUGCUUCAGCCUUGGGGUCAAACCAGCUGGAACCCAAGUGGGAUUCAGUCUCAUCAUAUUGCAAACAAAAUGGAGUCAACAGAGGCCCAGUUCAGUGCAGGAAUAGAUGGAGUAAUCUCAUUGGAGGCUUCAAGAAGAUUAGAACAUGGGAAUCACAGAUAAAAGGGGAGGCUAAAUCAUUCUGGUUAAUGAGGAACGAUUUGAGGAAAGAGAGGAAACUGUUGGGAUUCUUCGAUAAGGAAGUUUAUGAUGCUUUGGAUGGAAAGGCAUUCAAUGUUGCAGCAAUUCCUCUUACACUAGUUAUGGUAGUUGCGAAUGCGAAGAAUGAGAAUGAAACAGAGACUGUAGAAGAAGAGGAAGAGGAGGAGGAGAUUGAGAUAGCUUUCGAUAGCAGCCGAAAUGCUGCUGUAGACGACAGUAUGUUUUCAAAUUUUGAACAUGUUGGGCAGGAGGACGUUGGUGGGAUCUCUAAGGAGGAAAACAUGGGGACGGAAAGUCUCACAAAGACAGUCCCCACAAAGUUGCCCAUUUAA